CCACGCCGCGCUGCGCUCACCUCACUAUCCUGGUGGCUACGGUCCGGAACGGAGCGCCAAGCCGGCCUGUCCUGUCCUUCGUCCUGCGUCGUGCGUGUGUGUUUGUGUGUUUUUGUGUGUGCUUGUGUGUGUCAAGUCGUAGUGCCUAGCUUAGUAUGUGCGCCGUGGCCAAGUCUGCCCGCGCCAAGAAAUGCGUGCCGACAAUCAUCAGUGAACUGUACAUAUAGUGCGUGUGUGAUGUGCUGAACGUUCUCUCUGCGCUGCCUCCUUCUCUUCUCCCCUUCCUCUUCGGCACCCUCGUCGCCGGCGUCCUCUGCCUCUUUCUUCUGUCAAGCCGGCGCCGCUCCCGGUGCCACUAGGCCACUACCGUCGCCACCGUCGCUCCCAGGCCGCCAGCCCGUCUUCACGGUCUCCGUGAAGUUAUCCCCCUGUCAUCAUUUCCACUCCGGUCGACACCACGACGUAUUUUUCGUACCAGCUUGUCCCCUCCUCCGCCUACCAUCCGCCCCACCAGUACCACCAACUUCACCCGGCGACCUGCUCCACGACCUGCUCGUCGUGCUGCUGCCCGUGCGCGUUGGACUCCACUACCGACACGACGGCGGCCCCUACCUUCCCGCAAGUGCCCUACCUGGCGUACGCCGCACCCCAGCCUUGCCACCAGCUGGGCCACCCGGUCGCCCUCCGCUACGCGCACCCCCAGCCGCAGCCCCUGCGCUACGUGCCCGCCGUGCCCGCCGUGCCGGCCGCCCAGCUGCACAAGCGUCACCCCGAGGAAGUGGAAGACAUCGAAAUGAGGGGUUCGGACGAGCUGCUUUCCCAGACGGCCGCCGUCAGCAAUGGCAACAUGAUGAGCCCGCAGGCCAACCACGCGGACAACAACAAUGACGCCAAAAAGCUCAAGCUGGAGAAGACGGGCGCGGGCAAGCCCUCCCGGGUCAUCCACAUCCGCAACAUCCCCAACGAGGUGACGGAGGCCGAGAUCAUCCACCUGGGCAUCCCCUUCGGCCGCGUCACCAACGUCCUGGUCCUCAAGGGCAAGAACCAGGCGUUCCUCGAGAUGGCCGACGAGACGGCCGCCUCCACCAUGGUGCAGUACUUCACGACCUGCGUGGCGCAGCUCCGCGGCCGCGCCGUCUACGUCCAGUUCUCGAACCACCGGGAGCUCAAGACGGACCAGACACACAGCAACGCCAACGCUUCCGCCCAGGCCGCGCUCCAGGCCGCGCAGGCCCUGUCCGGCUCGGCGCCCAACGAGGUGCAGGGAGGCCCCAACACCGUCCUCAGAGUCAUCGUCGAGCACAUGGUCUACCCCGUCACGUUGGACGUGUUGCAUCAGCUCUUCUCGCGGUUCGGCAAAGUGCUCAAGAUCGUCACCUUCACCAAAAACAACUCCUUCCAAGCUCUUAUUCAGUACCCGGACGUGGUCACUGCUCAGUCAGCCAAACUGUCCCUGGACGGCCAGAACAUCUACAACUCGUGCUGCACGCUGCGGAUUGAGUACUCCAAGCUGAGCAACCUCAACGUCAAGUACAACAACGACAAGAGCAGGGACUACACCAACCCCGGGCUGCCCACCGGGGACGCGGGCAUGGAGAUGGGCUCCAUGGGGGCGUUGGGCCCGCUGGGGCUCGGCAUGGCCGGGCUGGGAGGUGCCGCUGGUGUGCUGGCCUCUCCCUUCGCCGCCAUGCACGGCCUGGGAUCACCGCUGACAGGACCCUACGGCAACUCAGCUGUGGGAGCCGCGGCGGGCAUGCCCCUGGCCGGCUUCUCCCUGCCCGGCGCCGCCAACGCCCUGGGCGCCGCGGGGCUGCGGUUAACCGGCCAGCCCGGCGGCCAGUGCGUCCUCCUCGUGAGCAACCUGAAUGAGGAGAUGGUCACGCCUGAUGCUCUCUUUACCCUAUUCGGUGUAUAUGGGGAUGUACAACGCGUAAAGAUACUGUACAACAAGAAAGACAGUGCACUUAUUCAGAUGGCCGAGCCACACCAGGCAAAUUUAGCUAUGACUCAUAUGGAUAAGCUACGAAUGUUUGGGAAGCAAAUUCGUGUUAUGCCGUCCAAGCACCUUAAUGUGCAAUUACCCAAAGAAGGCCAACCUGAUGCUGGACUCACUAAAGACUAUACCACAUCACCACUUCAUCGUUUCAAAAAGCCAGGCUCAAAGAACUAUCAGAAUAUUUACCCCCCAUCUGCUACAUUACACCUAUCGAACAUUCCGCCCAGUGUAUCUGAAGAAGAGAUCACAGAAGCAUUUGUCAAGAAUGGUUUUCAAGUUAAAGGAUUUAAGUUUUUCCCGUCAUAUGUUAAAUUAUCGAAGGAAGAUGCAAGUGAAUCAGUCCUGGAGUUAUCUUCUGACUUGAAAGACAGGAAGAUGGCUCUCAUUCAACUUUCAUCAAUGGAUGAAGCAGUUAGUGCUUUAAUUAAAAUGCAUAACUACCAACUGAGUGAACAAAACCAUCUUCGAGUAUCCUUCUCGAAGUCCAACAUCUAAGUGCCUCUGUGCUGUGCUUCCUAAUCAGCUUGUGCAUUCUCAUUCAACUCAUCUACUUAUGCUAAGACUUGCAGUGAAGCACACAGUGGUGAUGUGGGGUGACCUAAAGUGAUGCAGCAUUAGAAAUCCACAACCUACAGACUUUUAAUAUAAUGAAACUGUUACUGAUGUCAUAGUGUGGUAGGGAAAUGCCCUGACUGUGACAAAAAUAUUUAUAGUAUGAUCUUAAAGCAUUGUAAUUUAGGCAGAACAUUGAUGAAUCACGACUUUUUACCAUUUGAAACUUGUGUUUGUGACAUAGAUGAUUUAAGUGUUCAUAAUACAGUUUUUAUGUAAGAAAUGUUCAGAUUUUCAUGUUUCUUUGAAGAAUGUGUUGUGAGAAAUCAAAUGAAAUGUUAACUUGUUAAAAUUUUCAUUUUAUGUUGUGUGAUUUGUUAUUGUUUUACCAGCUGGCAGGAAAUGAAAGUAGGACUUAAGCUGAUGAUUUUACAGAUACUAGGAUGGUGUUCGUUUGAGAUUGAAAUGCCAUUGUUGUAUUGCUGUAAUAUAUUUUAGUUUUCCUUUGUUGAUAUUAUUAAGUAACAGUCUUGAGUAGUACAAGCAUGUAGAAUGGUAUGAUAUUUUUAUAAAAGUAUGUGAAAUAAGUAAUCAAGUUUUACACUUGUAAUAGUUUAUGACAGUACAUUAGCAGAUAUUUGCAGUUAUUAAAAAUCAAGACAGUCAAAAAUUUAUAGGAACCUUAUAUUGACAUUGAUUUCUUUAUAAUGUUCCCAAACUUGAGGCAAGGUUGAGUAAGCAUCAAGUUUUAGUGCAGAAAACAAGAGAGAUAGAGAAAUUACACUCAGAUAUUUUAAUGGGAACUAAAGACACAAAGCUUCAUUUAAAUGUUGUUAUUGAAAUCCAAGGUUCCUGUGGCUAUGUAGACAGUAUAAUAGUGGGCUAAGACAGUGCAACAUCGCAUGUAAAGUAAAUCAGAGAUCACCAAAAAAUAUUCUUAGGUAUAUAAGUCAAUUUCUUUUACCCUAUUAUUUAUGUUCAAAUCAUUCCAAAGGGAGCUGUAGGAAAUCUUGUUGGGCAGAGUGGGAUGAAAUACAAAAUCAGUAGUGUUUUAUCUAUGUUUCUUAAUGUAAUAUUUUGGUAAAUUCAAAAUUCUUGACAGUCCAACAAUAUCAGCCCUCCAAAUGAAUUCCUCUUCUGUAUUUUUAAUUCAACCAUUGAGAGUUGAAGCUAUGAUUGUAAAAUGUGUAUUUUAUGCCAAACUGGAUUUUAUUCAUACAGAUGUAUUAUGUUUGACAAAGUUUAAUGAAUGCAUAGUUAAUUUAUUGUUAAUGUUAGACAGUGUUUUAGGAUUCAAUCCAGUUAUGUUACUAUUGGAAGAGUUAGAAAACGUAGAGCCUACAAAGUAGAUUAGUAGGUCUGUGGUGCUGCUUGAGGCAGCUGUUUUAUUUCUCGAAUCUCUGUCUAUCUUGUCAUUUCCCCUACCUCUGUAUACACUCUCUCUCUUUUUCUCUCUGUUUCGGUAUCUAGACAUGUGAUGGAGGUACGCUGGAGAGCCACUGGCAUUUUUAUUGCAGACUAUUGUUAGUGACUGUCCCCAGUACUACUUUUAUCAUAGGUUGUUUCAAAUGUGUGUGCCAAAAGUUAAAACCUGAUAUGCAUCUUGCAGCCUUUGUGUUUGUUUCUGUUAUAUUGAUACGAAUCUCAUUCCUUUGUGUCCAUGCUUAAUUUAUUUGUUUUGUGAUGUGGUCUGUUGUGUGGAAUAGUUAGUGGCCCCUUCACAUAUCAACAUUUAUGUAAAUACUUAAAGCCAGUAUUGUUUGCAUAGCUUUAAAUAUUAAGAUAGUGAUAUUUCAUGAAGAUAUGAACCACAGGGUUGGUCUGUUUGGUUUUCUUGUUCCCUGUUGUAUUUAUGUAUGUAUGUAAGUAUGUAUGUAAGUAGAUGUGUAUGUGUGUAUAUUAUAUAAGAGGGCUGAAAAUGGACAAUCAUUAGUGUGAAGCCAGGGUCAGCUCCCUUUCCGCUGGAGAUUGGAAAGCAGAGUAAAGCAGAGUGUUAAUAGUAGUGAUUUUCAAAGCAGAACUCUGCACACAUAUCAAUUUGUUCAAAAUCAAUGCUAUUUUUGUACCUCUCGUCAUAAAAAUAGAUGGGGCAAAUUAUAUCUAAAGAAAAAUCUUUGCAGUCCUUCCAAUUCCAAAACAAUUUUACUGUAUCUGUAUAAUUUUAGGCAAGCAGUUUCAGAGUUUCCGACUGCAAAUGCAAUGAAUUUUGGGUUCAAUACAUAAACUUUCUGUUUUGGUUAGUCAUGGGAAGCGAGUUAAAAGCCAGCGUUGGAAGGGAGGUGUACGAGAUCGGCAUUACUGAAUACCAAGAAACUUUGUUUAAUUUGGAUCUCACUUGGUUGCUUUGUUCACCGUUAAAUUGUCAACUUUCCACACCUGCUGCAAUACACAAAGGACAACCCUUGUUUGCAUAUCGUAAAACUGUAUAACCACCAUUUUGUCUCUAAAUUGUCAAUCGUAGUUUGAGAGCUCAUUUUAAAUAUUUCUGAAAGGGAACAUGAGCUCAGGUCUGAGCCUUGUCCUCCAGCCCUACUUCUGAUUUUAGGAUUAGGAAUGGUUUUUGAAUUGGUGCCAUUCGAAGAUUGAAAAUGGAAGCUUCAGGCUUCGACAACAUGCUUUCUUUGCAACUGCUAUGUUUUUAACAUAUCGUAUCCAUCAUUAAAUAAACAGUUUUAUGAGCGUUCUUUUGUUAAUGUCAACAGCCUUCAGGUAUUAAUGGACCAAAUUUAAAAUGGAACCUUUUGUUAGGACUCAUGGGUUGGGUGGAAAGGGCCCCAAAUGGAACUCAUUCUUCGGUAUUGUAUUUGAAAGGUAAUUUCAUCUGACUUCCACAAAUUGAUGGGAUCAAAGCAACUGAGCCUUAUAGCUAGUUUGUAACAAAGUGACUUAACAUUAGUUAGUGGGACCCUCAGUAUAUUAGAGUUUUUCCUGUCAUACUAAACAGUUAAUACAUGUCUGUGAACAUGGAAAAAAAGCCAAAUCAUGUGUAACAUUAUGUUUCAGUUCUUUUCCCUCUUGAGCUUCCUGUAAAUCAAUUAUUUUUCCCCCAAUCAAGUUUUUUGUCAUGGUGCUGAAAAUCCAGAUCAAUGCUUAACUCUGCUCCCCAGAAGUCGCGCUGAUCAUGAAUGUGUAGCAUGGUCAAAAGUUGAAUCUCUUGUAUUUUAUAAUAUGAUUGUUAUAGUUUCAAACGACAGCUCUAAAAGAGUUUAUGUGAAGUUAUAAAACAUGGCCUUCCAUUGUUUUGUGUUCCCAUUUGUAGAUUUAGAUAGUAGAUAACUUUUUUUAAAUUUUCUGUUAGCUGAUAACGAGCGACAAGGUGUGAAUGAAAAUGAGAGUGAAUGUCCAUGUUGAUAAACCACGCAUUAAGAAUGUGAGAAGAACAAGGAUGUGUCCUUUUUUUACUUUUUAUUCAUGUGUUACAUAGUGAGUAAUAGAUGGAUGCAGUGCUCUAAUGCA